UUCAUUUUUACGUCUUGUACCUGUUCGUUUUGGUGUGGCAACCUAAAAAUAAAAAUAAAAUAAAAGACAAACGUCGACAGGAAAACGCGUACAUUUCCUCUCGCACAUGCGCAGACUGAUUGUGACGCUGGUACCGAUCGUCUCUUAAAAAGGCAAAAGAGCAGUGUGGUCUUUGAGUCUGCGUUUAUUCCUUCAUUUUUACCUUUGUACCUGUUCGUUUAGGUGUGGCAACCUAAACUUUUUAUUCAUUAUUCGUGUCUGGGGUGAACUCGACUCCGUGAAUUUUAAAGCUUCUGAGGCUGACUUAACUUAGCCUGCUAGUUAGCUUAGCUUAGCUUAGCUUAGCUGCUAAAAAAGGACACCCGGAAGCGUCACUAAGCAGACACGUUUGAGUUUAAAGUGUUGCGAUCGUGUGAGAAUGCGUGAAGAUAGAAGAGUACGACAGGGAACUUUCUCGAACAAAAGAAGAGAACUACUAGCGACAACGUCAACUACUGGACGCGGUUUUCAAGAAUCAUCAAGAUGUGUUACACAGAACAGACGUCCAGGAAGCACGUUUUUCCCCUGAGCAGCAGGAGUGGGCCUUCAGGAUGAAGCAGGACAAACCACAGCCCACGCAUAUGAAACAGGAAGAGGAGGCGCCACAUCCCACCAACAUUAAAGAGGAAGACGAGGAACACGGCAUCAGUCAGAAUGGAGAGCAUCAUGAAGGACUGGAAGAGGUUGACGUCCUCAAGAUGCCUUUGACUGUAGUCAUUGUGAAGAGUGAAGAUGAUGAGGUCAAAAGUGAAAGUGAGGAGAAGAGAGAGGUGGAGCCUCCAAGCAGCAGCUCAACUCAACACAUGACAACAGAAGCUGAUGGAGACCACUGUGGAGGAUCACAAGCAGACAAGCUCUUAGCUCCACUAUCAGAUAGUGAUGACAUGACGUCACUAUCUUCUGACAGUGAUGAUGAGGACUCUGAAGCUGAUACAACAUGUCACACUGACAACACACACUUUGAAUGUGCUCACUGUGGCAAACCUUUUAAUUAUCGUCGUAAUCUGAAAACACACAUGAGAAUACACGCUGGUGAAAAACCUUUUUCCUGUUUAAGCUGUGGUAAAAGAUUUACACAAAAUCAUCAUUUGAAAAUACACAUGAGAACACACACUGGAGAAAAACCUUUUUCUUGUUCAAUCUGCGGUAAAGGUUUUACAAGCAGUCAUAAUUUGAAAACACACACGAGAACUCAUGCUGGUGAAAAACCUUUUUCUUGUUCAGUCUGUGGAAAAAGCUAUACACUUAAUCAUCAUUUGAAAGGACACAUGAGAACACACACUGGUGAAAAACCUUUUUCCUGUUCAAUCUGCGCUAAAGGGUUUACACACAAUAUUAAUUUGAAAACACACAUGAGAACACACACUGGUGAAAAACCUUUUAUCUGUUCAAUCUGUGGUAAAGCUUUUGUACGAAAUAGUGAUCUGAAAGCACACACGGCAAUGCACACUGGUAAAAAACCUUUUUCAUGUCCAAACUGUGCUAAAGGCUUUGUACAAAAAGAUAAAUUGAAAUUACACAUGAGAACACACGCUGGUAAAAACACUUUUUCCUGUUCAAACUGUGCUAAAGGUUUUGUACGAAAAGAUACCUUGGAAAGACACAUGAGAACACACACUGGUGAGGAAACGUGAGUUGCUGUGUCAAUGACGAAAGAUUCUCUUUAAAGUACCAAUGUAAGAAACACAAGUGAGAUCUUCAACAGCAAAUUAAUCUGCAGGAUUUUAAAUAACCUUUGUUGCUCAUGUGUGCUUUAAGGACUGUAUCCAUUGCAGACUGUAUUGUUCUAUAUUGUAGGAACCAGAAAUUUAAUAACAGAAAGAAACAACCCCUUUUGUGUAAAUGGGGGAGGGAGGUUUUUUGGGUUGGUGCACUAAUUGUAAGUGUAUC